AGGAUUAGGAUAAAUUUAAGUAUAUUUCCAUCUAAUCAAAAUAUCAAACCACCACUGAAACUGAUUUCCUCUCAGGGAUUGCCUACUAUUUUCAGGUACAGGGGAAGUCAAAAUAAUGAAUAUGGAACAAGAAUUGGAGUGGAGUGCAGCACAAGGUAUGAUGAUAAGUCAAGAUCUUGUGGCUGCUGCCAAGACUCAUCUGCAGUUUCUUGCUGCUGUAGACAGAAACCGUUGGCUUUAUGAAGGCCCGGCCUUGCAACAUGCCAUCUACCGGUAUAAUGCUUGUUGGCUUCCUUUGCUAGCUAAACAUAUAGAGUCUCCGGUUAGUAAUGGACCAUUGGUGGUUCCUCUUGAUUGUGAAUGGGUUUGGCAUUGUCACAGGCUCAAUCCGGUUAGAUACAAAUCUGAUUGUGAAGAAUUUUAUGGAAGGAUUCUUGACAACUGUAAUGUUGUAUCCUCUGUUCAAGAAGUAUCAAGAAAAGAAACAGAAGCAAUAUGGAACAAAUUGUAUCCCAGCGAGCCAUAUGAUAUCAAUUUAGAACACGCUAAAAAAUUUUCUGCAGACGGCUAUGAAACUGAAAAACAUACCAAAUACAAUCUGGUAUUAGCUAUUGAAAGACAGGCGCCAUUCUUUUACCAGGUGUCAAGGCCUCAUGUGAACAAUGAUCAAUUUCUACAAGCAGCUGUAGCCAGAUACAAAGGUUUUCUGCAUCUAAUUAAGAGAAAUAAGGAACGAUCCAUAAGAUGUUUUUGCGUUCCGACAUAUGACAUUGACUUAAUUUGGCAUACACACCAGCUACACCCUGUUUCCUACUGCAACGACUUGUUGAACUUGCUUGGUAAAAUUCUGGAACAUGAUGACACCGACCAAAACCGAGACAAAGGUCAGAAGCUAGAUGUCGGGUUUUCUAAUACUACCAAACAAUGGGAGAGGUUGUUUGGCUCAAGGUAUUGGAGAGCAGGAGCAAUGUAUAGAGGUAGUACACCUUCUCCACUCACCACCACUCCUUUCAUACCAAAAGUGGUUGCCAAGAAGACUAAUUCAACUAAUCAGUUUCAGAAGUUAAUUAAUCUUCCUAAAACAAAUGUUAUCGAGGUUGUUUUGGAAAUUGUGGAUAUCCAAAACUUGCCAGAGACCCACAAGAAAGAAGUUGGGGCCUUUUUACGUAAGUCACAACCUGAUGGAAUCUUUGAUUUCAAGAAAAAACUUGGUAUCCAGUCUGAAUCUGGGAAGAAGCAGGUUGCUACAUUCCAGUGUCAACCUACUGGAUCUCUUUUGUUUGAACUUGUAUCUGAUUUCCCUUCCAACUUACCAUUAUCCAACCCAGUCAAAACUUUGGGUCGCUGUUUUAUCUCUUUGAAAGACUUGGUCUCCAAUCUAUCUGUAGAUAAAUGGUUGGAUUUGGCUCCAACUUCUGGAGCUAUUUGUUCUGACCCUAUUCGUUUAAGAGUAGCAGCCUCAUGUACUGUGCCAAUCGCAGAACCACAUGUACUCCAGAUAGGGUGCAGGUCCCCGUUACUAAAGGACUGCACACGGGUUACAGAUAGAAAUGGCAAUGAAAUCCUUGGCCUACAAAUGAGGGAGAUGAAGGGAAUUAAAACGAUGGAUGGAAAAUCAAGGCAGGAGGUAAUCGGCAUUACAAGAGAAGGGGAAACAGUUGUUCUUGGCGAGUUUCGUGGGUCGGGAUGGUCUUUGAUGGAUUCUCUAUGGUCCCUUCAAGUUCAGAAAAAUGUUGACACAGAUGUUGAUCUCCUGCUCAGCGGCCCUCACACAGUUAAAUUGAUUCCUGGAAAAAGGCUGGAGUAUGAAGUCAAGAACCAUGAAAGGCAAACACACCAACAUAAUUUCAUGACAGCAGUUGAGUUUUCUGCAGAGUACCCAUAUGGAAAAGCGGUAGCAUUGUUCAACAUCAAAUCUGGGCUUUUGAUGUUACAAGAAACAUGGUUUGCAUUACCUGGAAUCAUGUCUGCUUUCAUAGUGUUUAACAUUUUGGGGAAGGAAGGAAAUGAUGGUGAAAUUAUAAAGGAGACUGACUUUAUGACUAACGAAAUAGACUUUAAUGCUGAAAUUGCUAAAAUAAACAUGGCAAUACCAGAUUUGGGUAAAGGUUAUAAAGACGAGUUAGCAAGCGGUGGAUGUGGUAGUGGAUGCGGUAGUGGUUGUGGGAAUACGGUGAAGAGUGGUGGCUGUGGUGGUUGUGGGGGUGGAUGCGGAGGUGGAUGUGGGAAUAUGGUGAACGGUAGUGGCUGCGGUGGGGGAUGUGGAGGGGGUUGUGGCGGAUGUGGAGGUGGUUGUGGAAACAUGGUGAAAAGUGGUGGAUGUGGAGGCGGUUGUGGCGGUGGAUGUGGUGGUGGUUGUGGCGGAUGUGGAGGCGGUUGUGGAAACAUGGUUAAAAGUGGUGGCUGUGGUGGUUGUGGUGGAGGAUGUGGAGGUGGCUGUGGAAGUAUGUUGCAAAGUGGUGGUUUCGAUAACAUCUCAGGAGCUCCCAGCAACGAUGAACAACCAUUGCCAGUAGCAGCUCAUGCAUAACAGAUCUGUUCAUCAUGCAAAUUUCUAGACAGAAAACAGGCUUUAUUUUGGAGAAAUUUGCAUAUAAUUGAUGUGUGUCAAGAAUAAGCAAGUCUAUAUUUGUUUUAUAAACAGUGUGAUGUCUUCCAGGAAGUUGUCUGUACACCCAAGGGCAAGAUAAACUCAAGAUUUGUUUUGGGUGAUAUCAAGAAAAGUGGCAAAGCUUCUGGAUCUAGUUAAAAUUCUUAUCUGUGCUCCCUCAACUAUUGUUAUGUACAUAUCCUAUAUUUACAUACCUUGUUUUUAUAUCA